AUGUUCAACGGCAAGCCCGUUUGCGAAAAGUGCGACCGUUUCUUGCAUAAAUCCCUCCCGACCAGCACUGGAAAAUUAGUGUCUGUGAAGAAGCCAUACGAAGAAGCAGAGGUUUACAAGCAAGAAGUCAUUCACGACGGACGAGCCCUUCAUGAUGUAAUACCCGGCGCAUCUGCCGCCCCCUCAGCGGGGCUACGCGGUCAGGCGCGAACAAGUCCCCGACGGAAGGGUGGUAUGCGGUCCAAGUACAUCACCCGCUGCGUGGAAUCCGAGAAGGAGGAGGAACGCGAGAUACCCCACACGCUCAUGAUGCGUGUCAAAGAUUUUGUCCUUUUUACCGGCGCUGAGAAAUAG